GAGACAGACUUCAGACACAGCACUGACACCAGAUCGGACCUACAAAGAUGAAGAUGCCUCAACUUCUCAUCCUCCUCGCGACCAUUUUGGUGCACGCAGCAGUCGGUUUCCCCACUGACAGGAGGGGCCGGGAGAAACAGGCCUCGUGGGACGAUGUAAACGUGGUGGCCCAUGGCCUCCUCCAGCUCGGCCUGGGGCUCAAGGAGCACGUGGACAAGACCAAAGCUCAGAUGGGCGACAUCAACGCCAAACUAAAGGCCUUCAACGGCACGGUGGCCGAGCUGGAGAGGAAGCAGCAGGAGCAAGACGAAGCUCUGAAGGCCAGAAGCGAGGGACCAGAGGAGAGUCAGAGGCUGGCGGAGCUGACUGAGGAGGUGAAGAAGCAGACAGUGGAUUUAAACUCCAGGAUGGAAUGGCUGCAGGGAGCGCUUACAGAGAGGAUGCUGGACAGCAACGACAGCGGUCACUCAGGAGUCCCAGUGAUCCAGCUGCUGCUGGCUCAGAACAAACGCGUGGACCAGCUGGAGGAGAAACUCAAGCUGCAGCAAGACAAACUGGAGAAGCAGAGUCUGCAACUACAAGCACUGCAGAACAAGAUUUCGCAUAAGAGAGUAAAGGCGCACAGGAGGAAACACGAAGAGAUGGCACUGAGGGGCGAGGCUCAGCAGAUCCACACAGAAUCAGGUUUGACCGGAGAGGGUGAUGAUCUCCUCCUACGCGGGCAGCGAGCCAGCAGAGACAGGAGGAGCAGGAGGGAGCAGCUCAAGAAGCAGGCGGCAUCCUUCUCCACGGCCGCAGAGCGAGAGAGCAACUAUCUGAACGCCGGUCAUCUAAAAAUGACACCGCCAUCCCCGAACCAUUAAAGCAGAGCGCUAAAGAGAGAAUGACUUUAACUUAAACACUGAACUACUGAAGGACUGAAACCAGACUGAGUGUUUACACGCACAUCAUUGCUCUCUGCUGAUUCACUGCAGGGCCAGACACAUGGAUGCUAUGCCAUGCUAUAACUCAUUGUCUCAUUGGACAUGUUCAGUCAUAUUGACGGGUGUAACUUUAUUCCCUUUGUAAGGGAUUUAUCCAUUUGUUUUGUUUUGUACUUAAAUAAUGUGCAGUUUCUUAUUUUAUGGAUUUGUACAAAACUUUGAAUAUUUUAUAUGAAGC